GUUUUUCCGCUUCUCGCCUGCUGCCGUCGGUCGGCUCUGUUAUACGGCGGCUGGCUCACUAUUUUUUUUAAAAAACAUUUUUAAUGAUGGCGGAGGACAGUGAGUCCGCGGCCAGUCAGCAGAGCCUGGAGCUGGACGACCAGGACACCUGCGGUAUUGACGGAGACAACGAGGAGGAGAAUGAGCAUAUGCCCGGCAGUCCUGGGGGAGACCUGGGGGCCAAGAGGAAGAAGAAGAAGCAGAAGAGGAAGAAAGAGAAGCCAAGCUCGGGGGGAGCCAAGUCUGACUCUGCCUCCGACUCUCAGGAGAUCAAGAACCCUGGCUUGCCCAUUCAGAAGCUGCAGGAUAUCCAAAGAGCCAUGGAGCUGCUUUCCUGCCAGGGUCCAGCAAAGAGUAUCGACGAGGCAGCCAAGCACAAGUACCAGUUCUGGGACACCCAGCCCGUCCCGAAGUUAAAUGAAGUAGUGACAAGUCACGGGCCAAUCGAAGCUGACAAAGAAAACAUCAGACAGGAGCCAUAUUCUUUACCUCAAGGCUUUAUGUGGGACACUCUGGAUCUCAGUAAUGCAGAUGUACUGAAGGAGUUGUACACUUUGUUAAAUGAAAACUAUGUGGAGGAUGACGAUAACAUGUUCAGAUUUGAUUAUUCACCAAACUUUCUCAAAUGGGCUCUGCGUCCUCCUGGCUGGUUACCACAGUGGCAUUGUGGAGUGAGAGUGUCCUCGAAUAAGAAGCUCGUCGGCUUCAUCAGCGCCAUCCCUGCAGAUAUACGCAUCUAUGACACACUGAAGAGGAUGGUAGAAAUCAACUUCCUGUGCGUCCAUAAGAAGCUGCGCUCGAAGCGCGUUGCUCCUGUGCUAAUCCGAGAGAUAACGCGGAGAGUGAACCUAGAAGGAAUAUUUCAAGCCGUAUACACAGCAGGAGUCGUGCUGCCUAAACCUGUGUCUACAUGCAGGUACUGGCACCGUUCUCUGAACCCUAGGAAGCUUGUGGAAGUUAAAUUCUCCCAUCUGAGCAGGAACAUGACCCUGCAGAGAACCAUGAAACUCUACAGACUACCAGAUAGCACCAAGACUCCAGGUCUGCGGCCGAUGGAGAGGCGUGACAUCCACCAGGUUACAGAACUGCUACAGAAAUACUUGAGACGUUUCCAGCUCGCGCCGUCAAUGGGAGAGGAGGAAGUGGCUCACUGGUUCUUACCGCAGGAGAACAUCAUCGACACGUUUGUAGUAGAGGGUGCUGGUGGCGUACUGACAGACUUCACUAGUUUCUACACUUUGCCCUCGACUGUGAUGCAUCACCCUCUUCAUAGGAGCCUGAAGGCUGCUUACUCUUUUUACAACGUUCAUACACAAACCCCACUACUGGACUUAAUGAAUGAUGCACUGAUCCUGGCCAAACUGAAAGGUUUCGAUGUGUUCAACGCCUUGGAUCUAAUGGAGAAUAAGGUGUUUCUGGAGAAGCUCAAGUUUGGCAUAGGAGACGGAAAUCUGCAGUAUUACCUCUACAACUGGAAAUGUCCCCCUAUGGACCCUGAUAAGGUUGGCCUCGUACUUCAGUAGCAGGUCUCUCCGGGGCUACGACACAAACGCAAGAGGUCGUCAGUGACCUCUGGAUAUUCCUUACCUGGACACACAGGUAGCCCAAGCUAGACAAUUAGAACUACAACAGUCAAACCAACCUGGUGACCGGGAAGAGGUUCCCUCGACGCUCGUGUCACCAAGAACAUUCUCAGCUCACCUGGAGGUGAAAACUCUUAAAUCAUCCUGAAUGUGAAGUCAUGCUAUGCCUGAGAUACUCAUACAGUACAAUGCUCCUGACAUGCGCACUCACAUUUAAAACAGUUUGACAUUCAAGAGGAUGCCUUGACAUUUUGUUUAGUUCUUCUUCCUCAACCGUCGCAAAGGGACUGGCAUGUCAUUUAAUUUCACUGACGCGGGUGGAACUAUGUAAAUGAUAAUCAACAAGUGAAACAUGACCAGGUAGAGACAAUUAACAGCCCUUCUACUUUUGUCCAAACGUUUAGCCGCCCGUCCUCCACUUAUAAUUGUUCCCUCCCUUCGUCAUAUCAUCGUGGUGGGUCAGGUGUUUCUGCUGGCUGUUUCAGGCCUCGGUAGAAUUAGAAAUACUCAAAGUGUUUCUCGCAAACAGAGAAACUUUUAAACGGCAUACACGUUCACGUACAAAGAGACACAUACAUACAAAGAAGAAAAAACACACACACAUGAACAACAAAGGGUGUCUUCACAGAAGGACUCUUUCAACUGGUGCAUUGAUAUUCAUGUUUUUGUUAUAAAUAUAUAGUUAACUGUACAUUUAAAGCCAGAUCAUAUUUAUUCCUGUAGUGUGAGUUUGGGGGGUGUGGGAGGGUCGAUCCAAAGUAUUUUCCUCAUAAGUAGUGUAGAAGUCACUGAGUUUGUUCAACGUGGGUUUAAGUGGUUUUUAAUGAAGAAUGUAUUGCAUUGACGAAGCACAAUUUUUGAGUUCCUAAACAAGCUAAAGGGGUCGUGCAACCUCUGGUUUUUACAAACUACAGGAGCUGUUCUCACGUUAUAAAGCUGUUUCUAGAGCUGGUCUUUUUUAAAUACACCACGGUUACAACAUAGCGGUUAUAUUUCCACUUGUGCAGAACCUUUGUAGUAACAGACGGGAUGGGCUUAUCUGCAUGUUAGUGGUGGGGCCGUCCGGUUAAAAGCUGUCAAAUUAGAGGCUGACACGCUCAGCGCACAAACAGGGCAAUGAGAAUGAGAAGAAGACGCAUUUGAUUUGGAUUUUGUAUAAAUAUUUUCUAUCUAGAGACAGUUUUAUAAUGUAAAAAUGGCUUUAAGAGGGUGAAGUUCUCAGUUCAGUCGUGUUUAAAGCAAACAAGGUUCAUUUUCUUUUGUUCAUUUAGUCAUUGCCACUCACAGAUCACUUGCGGAGAAGCCAUCGUUGUUGGAAAAAGCCGCGCUGCUUGUGUUAAGUGGCUGGUUGGUCAGAAUUACAACACUGUGCAUCUCUUGUCAAUACAUUCAAAACCAUCCAUCCUGCAGGAUGCUUAUUGUGUUUGCAAUCAAAAAGAAAUGGAGCACAACUCUUGAUGAAUCGUAACAGGAGGUACAGUGGCUAAAUCAACAAAAGCUUCAAAUUUGAGCUUGUGCUGUUUUCCGGGUCCAUUUUUAUUGACUUCUCUUAUUUUUAUGGUACUGUAUUUUGUGUCAGAAAAGAAAACUAUAAUGUAGGUCAUUUUUUUUUUUUUAAGUGUGUCGUGCAGCUAAACGCGUGAAAGUUCUGAUAUUUAUAAUUGUACUUUUCGAAAUGUCUUAAAGCAUCAUUUAUGUUCUUUCCAGUGAAAAAAAAUAAACGCCAGUUUAAAUAGGCAACGUCAAAACUGAAUUUUAGGACACGUGGCAGUGCUCUGCUCUCAGACGAGCAGUACGAGGAUCUUUGAAAAGCUGCUGGUUUACUCAAGGCUUACAUGUUUCAAAUCGUCUCUCUGCUCCGAGUAGUGCUUCAGUUCAGGGUUAUUUUAUUUUAUUAUUUUUAAACGUGUUACAUUCACAAAGAGCAAUGUUACCGGCAUUAAUUUAACACUGCGAAUGGGUUACGGAGUCAACGGUGUGCCUCCUGGAUGUUGUCUUGUCACAGAUGUGUUGCCUGCAGCUGUUUGAAUGAACUUUGAGCAUGUCAGUUUUGGUGCCGUGUUGAUUUUAGCAUCGAUGUUCCUAGCCAUGCCCUUUAGUGAGAACUCAACCAGAAGUACCUGCCUUAUUUAAAACAUUUUUUUUUUCUUUAUAGAUUUGGAGGUUGGGGGAGGGUGUACUUUUGAAACUGUCAUACAGCUUUCUCUAACUGAAGAACAAUUUUUUAAUUCAAUUCCAUUGUAAGCUGUGAAAAAGCUGAAGAACUUGUACCAGCAUCAUUUAGACAUGAGCCCAUGCAAACAACAGUCUGUUUCAACACACACACACACGUAGACACACAUACACACAACACACACACACAUCAGCUAUACCAGCAUGGAUAUUUGAUUGAAUAAACUCACUUUAAAAAGGAA